UAAAGACUUGUAUGCACUGCUGUUAUACUAGUUUGUUUGUCUUCUCGUAUAUAAUUUUCUCUCUCUCUCUCUCUCUCUCUCUCAAUUCUCAAACUACGAAGAAACUCUGAUGCAAUCCAAGAUUCUUAGCAACAGGUUGAAGUACUUGUGAUCAUCAUCAUCAUCAUCAAGUUGUUUCAUCGUUUUGGGUUUUUGUUUACCCUAAAAAAUAACAGCAGUCAUGAUAGAGACCGGAGAUUCGCAUUCUGAUGAAGGGCAGAGCAAUACUGAGACGAGAAAUUUUAGCAGCAUAUGUGAGAUAGAAGAAGAAAAAGAAGAAGAGAGUUGGAGCGAGGUGUUUGAGAUCGACAACAGAGAGCCUAUGCCGGCGAUCAAAGAAGAAUUCGAUGGCAGUGUCUUCUCCUUUGAUUUCCAAAACGGAGAAGAUGUGGUUUAUGUGGCGGUGGGGAAGACAGAUAGUGAGUCGUCGAGCAUGGACGCCCUCGUGUGGACUCUCAACCACGUCGCCACUCCUUCUACGCUUGUUUUUCUCAUCCAUAUCUUCCCUGAACUCCGUUUCAUCCCAACCCCACUAGGAAAGAUGCCAAUAAGUCAAGUGAACCCAGAGCAGAAGGAGAACCACAUGAACCAAGAAAGAAGCAAGAGAAGAGAAUUCCUUCAAAAGUUCCUUGAUGUCUGCUCUGCUUCAAAGGUUAAAGUGGAUACAAUACUAAUAGAGAGUGAUAUGGAGGCAAAGGCAUUACUGGACCUUAUUCCCAUCCUCAACAUUAGAAAGCUGGUGCUGGGCACCAACAAAUCCAGUCUCAAGAAAUUGAGAUCUAGGAGAGGAAAUGGGAUAGCUGAUCAGGUACUUCAGAAUGCACCAGAAUUCUGUGAGGUGAAGAUCAUCUGUGAAGGAAAGGAAGUGAUGAUGGACGUUGACAAUGCGAUGAUGACUCAAUCACCCUCUCCUUCUUCACGUGGCAAUCUUGUUGAUAGUCCCAGUUCCAGAGCACCACCAGAGGAGGUGAAGGUGGUUGUAGCGGAUCAGAAAAAUAAUGAUUCGUUUCGGUGCACUUGUUUUAAACCAAAGGUUAUGUAUUGAUAUAAUUAAUAAAUCAUGUAAUUAGGGACAUAUGGGCGGGGAUAGCUCAGUUGGGAGAGCGUCAGACUGAAGAUCUGAAGGUCACGUGUUCGAUCCACGUUCACCGCAUCGUGUGGUUGUUUCUUUUUUAUUCCAUAUUGAUCUGGACCACAUCCCAUGUUUUCUGUUUUUUUCUUUUUGUUUUCUUUCUUUAAUUAUUUUGAUGCUGAGUGUGUGUAUCCACACACUUCUUCUUCCUUCUAUUCAGAUUGCUAAUUCAGCGAUAGCAACUUUUAAAUGUGACUAUGCUCGGGAAAAAAAGAAAGAAAGAAAGAAAAGUGUUAUAUAUCAAA